CUGAACUAGCAUCACUUAUCAAUGUGGUGUAAUCAUUCCAGUGCUGAAGAUGGCCUGUUUGCAGCUUCUUGCAAUAAUACUUAUUGCGUUGCUUAUACCAAGGACUGUUGCAAAUAAGCGAGUGAAACGAAUUGUUGGUGGCAGGCCAGCAGCUGUUGCACCUGAAGAUGAUCCUGUUGUGUUUGUGUUUUUGCAUGAUCAUACUGCAAAAGUUUAUGGCACCAGAGAUGGACGUGAUGGAUAUUACAAUUUCUGGGGAAUCAGAUAUGCUGAACCACCUGUAGGAAGGUUUAGAUUCCAGCGACCAAAAAAACUGCAACUGGCAGGUGAUGUCAAUGCAACUAGAGCAGGUCCUCCAUGCCCUCAGCCAGAUCCUCUGAACAAAACAGCUGUUAUAGGCAGUGAGGAUUGUCUCUUUCUUAAUGUCUUCACUCCUUCACUUCCAGAUGGCAAUGAAGGUCUCCCAGUUCUGAUGUGGAUCCAUGGUGGAGGACAUAGGCGGGGCUCAGCGUCACAGUACGGUGUGCGUCAUCUUGUCAAGAAGAAAACUGUUGUGGUCACUAUUCAGUACAGACUUGGCUCCCUUGGUUUCAUCAGUGCUGGUGUGAAAGAAUUACCAGGCAAUAUUGGAUUGUUUGACAUGGCCUUAGCUCUUGAAUGGAUCAGAGAUUACAUAAAGUUUUUUGGUGGAACUCCUAACAAAAUCACUGUGUUUGGGCAGGGAACUGGAGCUAGCAGUGCAGUCCUACUGUCCCUCUCGCAGCUUACACAAGGAAUUCUGGGUGGAGUACUAGCCAUGAGUGGAUCAGCACUCUCAUCCUUUGCUAUUGAUCAUAAUCCUCUUGCAACUGGUCGUGAAUUAGCAAAACAAAAUGGCUGUCCUGAAAAUCCUGUGCUUGAAAUGGUCAAGUGUCUACAAGAAGUAUCAGUUUCAACUCUCAUUCAAGCUGACUCUGGUCUCCAGGAACUGAGACUUGCUACUCAGGGAGUUCUAGCAGGAAUCACGGGUCUACUAGGACCUGCUCCCUGCACUGAAGGGGCUAAUGAUGGAAGAUUCUUGCCAAACUUCCUUUCAGAAAGCCCUUUAGAUGGAUUGCAAAGUGGGAAAUUUCCCAAUAUCCCACUUCUCACAGGUGUUACUAGAGAUGAAACUGCACCCAUACUCUUUGGUAAAUAUCAGAAAGAGAUUUUGGAUAAUUCUGGAAAUUCAUCAAGUUUCCUGAAUGAAUUUUUGAGUGGCAUUAUUAGUAAAUCAGAUCUAAUUGGGAGGUUAUUCAAUAGGACUGAUCAACUUAUACAAAAUGUUGCAGCCAAAUACUUUCCAUUCCACCAAGAAGAUACUAGAGCCAUUGUAAAGAAUUAUGUUGAGGCAACAGGUGAUGCUUUAUUCAACCUUCCAGCAUUCCACAUGGCUAAAUUAUGGUCUAAACAUGUUGGGAAGACAUUUUUCUAUAGCUUUGAGCAAAUACUGAAGCAGAAUAAACAUGGAGGCAAGGUGUUCCUUAGUGGAUUCCCAUUAGUUCAAGAUGAUGGUGUGGAAGGUGGAAUCAGUCAUGGAGAUGACUUACCAUUCAUUUUUGACCCGGAACCCUUAGAUGGCAACACUUCAUUUAGUGGUUUGGCACUGACAGAUCAUAAUGAUCAAAAAGUACAGGAUAUCGUCACAAACUUCAUAGCAGAAUUUGCUCGCACUGGGGAACCAAGAUUAUUAGACAAUGGUGAACAACUUCCAUGGCCUCCUUUCUCUGAAGAUAAGAAUAAUUUUCUUACAAUUACAAGUAAACCACGCUUCCAUGAUAACUUUCGCUUCUGCCAGAUGGCACUGUGGGGUGGCAUUUUUCCAAGACUUCAGUCUGCAACAUGUGAAGCACUGUGGGGUAUUACAAAAUUUAGUGAAGAUGCACUAGAAGCUGUUGAGCUUGCAUUACAUCAAGGAAUGGGACAUGGGGCAGUUAUCAGUACUGUCAUAAACGGUACAUUGCCUGAGAAUGCUGGAAAUGGAGCAACUGUAUAUGCAGUUCUGAAUGAGACAUUACCAGCUAAGCAUGGCAUUCAGGUUGGUAAUGAAGCAUUAAUAAAUACGUUUUUGAACAAAACAGUGCUUCCUCAAAGUGAGAUUAAAGUUGGAAACAGAACAAUUAUAAAUGGAGUAUUAAACAAAGCAGCACUUGGAAAAUCAGGAAAUGUCAUAGGAGGUGAGGUUGCAUGGUUGAAUGCUACAGAACCUCAUAGUGUGGACAGAAUGAAAUCUGAGAUAAAUUCCAGUUCCAACAUGCAGGAAAAUUUUGUGGUUCCUGUAACAGAGAGUAAUAUACAUACUUCAACAACCAGAACUCAAAAUCCACCUGGACUUCUUCCAGUAUUAAUAAACAAACCUCUGAUUAAUAGAACUACACUUCUGCCACGCCAAGGCUUACUUCUCAGACCAGCAAUUGGAUGAUGGAAAAAUGCAGCUUUAUAUUACAUAAAUGAUGCCAAAGGAACUGUAGAUGUGCUAUUCCUCCUAAAGAACAGUUGGCAAUAUUUCUCGAGUAACAAGUUAAUUUCUAUAUGUAAUAAUACAAAUGCUGUUGUGAAUGCAACAAUUUAUUUCGUUGUAUCAUAGUUCUUUGUCUUU